AUGACGACGACGCACCAGAGGAAGCAGCAUUUAUCUAGCGCGUUACCCGCGUGGUGCAUCGGCAGAAGACCGGGGACGAAUACUCACGUGGACAUCGACCCGGAAGCAAAAUCGUCGAAACCUUCCCGAGAAAGAGGAGGAGGAGGAGGAGGAACGUCGUCGUCUUCGCCGAAACACGCCGCGUCGAUGACGGACCCGGUUGCAAAGUUGAACAGAGAUCCCGAGCACGUCAGAGGCACUCGGAAAGCGCGUUUGUUUUUGAUAUGUUUACCGAUCGGGUUGAUAUUCUUGAUGAUUCUGAGGCCUUUGUACGCGCCGUUCAUCGACGUGUUCGGUGGCGAUUUGCUCGAUCAGCUGUUAGCGUCGGAGGAAGGUCAAGGUCACGUAAGCGCGGUGUCGGUUUCUGACGACUUUUUGAGCGAGCAUUGGCCGGUGGAAGCAAGCGGCACCGCGGCGGAGAAGCACACGAGCACUCACGUCAGCGCCCAUAGUAGUAGCGGUAGUUCUAGCGGUAGUUCUAGUUCUAGAGAGAAGGAGAGCAGAGAAAAGAAGAAGAAGAAGAGCGAGGAGUAUCGCAACAGGAAGAUGUUGUUCUCGGAUUUUAGCUCGAUUCGGUAG